GAUAUGGGCAACAAUGAUCGUGUUGUUAUUCAGGAUUUAUUGAAAGAUGUUGCCAGUACCGAACAAGUUGAUUUUGCCAACCAACUGCGAGCCAAACAUAGAUUUAAGAUUGUUAUAAUCAAUGAAGCCGA